AUGAGAGUCUAUAAAAAUAACAAUUACACAGUGAGUAAACAACUUAACGACGAAGGUGCUCGCGAUUUAUCCGACCAACAAUUACCAGACAAUGCCUGCACAGGAGUCAGUCCCGCGCCGACCGCCCGCAUGCCCACAACGCGCAGCUUUCUCCCCAAGCGGUGGUUUCGCUCUCGCCGUUCACCAAACCCCGAAGAGCCAGAUGUCGCCGAAAGACCUGUUUCGCGCGACAUGGAUCGUCGCCAAAGAACCUCCAGGGUUCUCGCUCCACCUCCUCGAGCACAGAACUCGCCCCUCGAUGAAGAAUCUCUCGAAAGAGCGUACCCUUCCAUGGGCCACCUCGAGUAUGUUCUGGCUGGAUCGUCACCCCCAGCGGAAAGCGCCCCCAACAUGUAUGACAGCUUCGAGGAACCGCCCCUGGAUCUAACUGCGCAUAUCUGCGGGGAUUCGAUACGUCAGAGCGCUUAUGAACAAAUGCGCGCUGUCGGAGGACGACUAAGAUUGCUUGAUGAAUUAGAGUCGGGAGUAAUAACUACCGAGCUGGCCGUCAACGUAUUUACCUCAACUUCUGAUGCGGAAAGGAAUGUUUGCUUGUUCUGGACAGCAUUCCUUAAGCUAAACCAGCUAUUAGCGCAAUUAGUGGAAGCCGGGGCCGAUCCAUUACAUUUUGAUGCUCUGGGCCUGUCCCCGCUGCACGCGGCGGCUUUUAGCGGAUCGACAGAUUGCGCCAAUUACUUGAUAACAUGUGGAGUGGAUCCUAAUUAUAUGCCAAGAUGUUUUGUCCCUCUACACUGUGCUGCAUUCGGUAAUUCUGUGCAAGUGGCUAAUUUAUUAAUCAGUCGGGGUGCGUCAGUACACGCGGUCGUCAAAUACGUAAACUGCGAAGGCGGCUUACUACAUUGCGCUGUGAGAGCGAAUUCCGUGGAUUGUCUUAAGCUGUUCAUUUCUCAUGGAGUCAGCGUCAAUCAGAUCGAACCGGGUGGAACUAACGCCAUACAUUUGGCUGCCGACCUUGGAAUGAUACAAUGUCUCACUAUAUUGUUGGAUACACCAGAAGCGGAUCCGAAUGUCAGAACGAGAGUGGGUGACCGCGAGUCUACGGCGUUACAUUUGGCAGCGGACGGGGGCUUCAUAGAGUGUGUUGAUCUCUUACUAUCGAAAGGGGCGGACGCAACUCUCAAAAACCACAGGGGUUUCACGGCAUUACACCUCGCGGCGAGAUCUGCCAGUUUAGAAUGCGUCGAGUCGUUACUGAGAAAAGGCAACGCCGAUCCUAACGCUAUGGACUUUGAUAAAAGAACUCCCCUACACGCGGCUAUAGGAAAAUCUGACAGCGCCUGUGAUAUAAUAGAAACGCUAAUAAGUUGGGGAGCCAACGUCAACCAGAAAGAUGAAUACGGCUUCACACCUUUGCACUUGGCUGCCCUCGACGGACUAUCCGCCUGCGUAGAGACAUUAAUCUAUCACGGAGCUGACGUAACAACGCGUUCCAAGAAAGGCAAUUCCGCGCUCAACGUGAUCGCUCGAAAGACCCCCGCUUCAUUGGCAAUGAUAACGAGGAAGUUAGACUGCGCUAUCACGUUACAUCACUCGCAGACGAGCAACCGAGAAGUCGAACUUGAACUUGACUUUCGCAGCAUAUUGCAACAUUGUUACCCCCGGGAGAUAAGUUACCUGAACACGUUUGUGGACGAGGGUCAAAAGGAAGUUCUCUUACAUCCUCUUUGCUCUGCUUUUCUAUACAUAAAAUGGGAGAAAAUAAGAAAAUAUUAUGUUGCGCGACUGUUUUUAAGUUUCAUAUUCGUACUUUGUCUUACGCUUUACGUUUUAACCGCUCUUGCGCAUAAUUGCUACAACGGCAGUAAAGAUAUGGAGGAAACGAUACAAGAACAGGAACUGUGUCAAAAGCAAUCGAUACUUGGAGAUCUGCUGAGGAAAAAUCCGUUUGUUAUAGAGAUGCAAUGGUGGGUGUUAGCCGGGAUUACCAUAUUUGAGAUAUUCAGGAAGGUAUAUGGUAUUGCCGGAUAUUCAACUGUAAAACAAUACUUAAUGCAGUCUGAGAAUAUGAUCGAAUGGUUCGUUAUAAUCAGCGUCUUCCUGAUUUCUUAUAUUUAUACCAAUAUCACGUAUACAUGGCAAAACCAUGUCGGUGCAUUUGCUGUUCUAGCUGGAUGGACCAAUUUAAUGAUGAUGAUCGGUCAGUUACCUGUCUUUGGAACUUAUGUGGCAAUGUAUCAGAAAGUACAGAAGGAGUUUGCUAAACUACUAAUGGCGUAUUCGUGUAUUCUUAUUGGCUUCACCAUAAGUUUCUGCGUCAUAUUUCCAGAUUCGUCGUCAUUCGCUAAUCCAUUCAUGGGCUUUAUUACUGUGUUAACAAUGAUGAUCGGUGAACUAAAUUUAGAUUUACUGCUGAAUGAGCCGGAUGGUAAUGAUCCACCGGUCCUUUUGGAAUUUUCUGCGCAAAUAACAUAUGUUUUGUUCCUUAUGUUUGUCACGGUCGUUUUAAUGAAUCUAUUGGUCGGUAUAGCGGUCCACGAUAUUCAGGGCUUACGAAAAACAGCGGGGCUCUCCAAAUUGGUGCGGCAAACUAAACUUAUCUCUUAUAUGGAAUUGGCGCUGUUUAAUGGCUAUUUACCGAAAUGUCUCUUAAAGAUUCUUCAUUCUUCUGCCCUCGUCUCACCACAGGCUUAUCGAGUCGUGUUAAGUGUUAAGCCCUUAAAUCCGAGCGAGAAACGCUUGCCGAGAGAUAUAAUGAUGGCGGCUUAUGAUAUCGCUAAAAUGAGGAAGCAAUAUGGUCAUACGAUUUCUUCUAACGGUUCUACUACUGGGGCGUACUCGUGUUUCAAGAAGUACGAAAAUAAUAACGACUCAAGUUAUCGGGAAUACGGUUAUUCACCGGGCUUGGGAAGUCUGCAGGCAAGGUUGGACGAAACUUCAGAGAAUGUCCGCCAACUGACGCAGGAAGUGAGAGAGUUGAAAAAACUAAUAAACGCUCAGCAGCUUGUGAUACAGCAAGCGCUGGCCGGCGCGAUGGAUCGUUGA